CUCCAACUAAUAUCUACACAAUAUAUAUCAUAUCUACACAACUCGAACAUUAAGGAAAAUGGACGUGCGCCGUCUUGGCUUUACUCAACUGUCGGACAACAACAAUGCUAGGAUUGAAGAUUAUCGGGUCAAGUAAGUCCUCACUCAAGCCACCUUCCAUUUUCUAUUUCUGCAACACAACUGUGCAACAUAAUUAACUCUCUCUUAUAGUAUCAUUUUCAUACAUGGUUUAAGGGGACAUCCAAGAUAUACAUGGGAGUCUAGCCGAAAAGUGUCCAAUACAAAUAUAAACUCGGCUUCUGCAGUGUCGAGCAAACGAAAAAUUUUCUCAUCCCUCUUCAAGUCUAAGCCUUCUAAGCCUUCCGGAUCGUCUACUGCCAGCAAAAGUUUAUCUGAUAUAUGCAAAGUAUUUUGGCUUCAAGAUUACCUUGUUGAGGAUAUACAUGAAGCUAGAGUAUGGACAUAUGGAUACAAUGCAGACAUGAUUGAUGGUUUGUUCCAGGCCAACAAUCAGAAUAGCGUGUUACAGCAUAGCAGAGAUCUUGCAGUGAAGAUUGAGAGAGAGAUCAAAAAUGAGGUGGAUUAUACUAUAAUUGCUUUAUAAGAUGUGAAAAGAUAUUAACGAUGAUUUCAGGAUUCCUUUGUGUUUGUAGCACAUAGUUUAGGUGGCAUUAUCGUGAAGGAUGUAAGUUCGCUUUGAAAUUAAUGAUCAGUAAUAAACAUUAACUUUUGAACUAAGGCGAUACACAAAUCUCAAUCAGUUCGCAAGCGUACCAAAUCAGUCAUCUUUCUUGGGACACCACAUCGAGGGAGCACAUAUGCUGGAUGGGGCGAAAUCGCAUCAAACCUUGCUCGACUAGCCCUACGAGACUCGGAUAGGGAGAUUCUGGAACCAUUAGAGGUGAAUAGCGAGGUCCUCGAUAAUAUUCAUGAAGGGUUUAAAACGAUUGUAUACGAGUAUGAUAUCAAGAUUCAUUCAUUUCAAGAAGCACAGGCAACAUCGGGUGGUAAAGUAAAUGAUCAAAUAAUCUUAUAUUUUUGCAUUUAUAUUAACGCAAUCAUACAACAGAUAGUUAACGAUUUCUCUUCAAAACUCGAUUUACCACACACCCUUGAAACGGUUGAGAGUAUCGAUGCAAACCACAUGGAAAUGGCAAGAUGUAGUAAUAGAGCAGAGUCACAAUAUCGUGCUAUUCUGGGCGUCCUCCGACAAGUUAUUCGCAAUCUGAGUUUGAAUAAGGCAAGGGUCUACACCCUCUCUAACAUACGAAUACUAAUUUCAUAAAAUAUUAGAAUAUAUCCCUCCGUGAUGAAAAUUCCAUAGAGAAUACCACCACAUUCAAUUCACAACUCCGCGAACACGAAAUUCGAGGUCUACCCGGCAUACAGAAUGACCUACAAGGCAAUUUUACAAAUGCGGGCGGGUUACAAUUCAAUGCACCAAACUUUAAUACUAGAGGAGGGUCUAUUAAUAUCAAUACUCACACCUUGCAAAACCGCUGCCUAAUUGACCUACGAACCACCGAUCCACAAUUAGACAAGAGACGUAUCGAAGAGACUAAAGGAGGACUACUCGAUAAUGUAUAUAAUUGGAUUUUGGAGAAUAGUGAUUUUCAACAAUGGCGCUUCAACCAAGAUAAUCGCCUACUUUGGAUCAAAGGAGAUCCUGGCAAGGGCAAGACCAUGUUGCUUUGUGGUAUAAUAAAUGAGCUGCAGAGAUCGGAUGAGACCGCCUUAGCCUAUUUCUUUUGCCAAGGCACUGAUGUACGCAUUAAUAGUGCUGUAGCUGUUCUACGUGGCCUUAUCUAUAUGCUUCUAGAUGGGCAGCCUGCCCUUCUCUCGCAUUUACAAAAGAGAUAUGAGAAGGCAGGGGAACAGUUGUUCAAAGAUGCUAAUACCUUUAUAGCACUCUCUGAGAUUUUGAAGGAUAUCUUGCAUGAUAAGAAUUUGAAGCCGACGAUCCUGAUUAUUGAUGCACUUGACGAAUGCCAAAAAGACCUGCCACAAUUACUCCGCCUAAUUGUUUCGGGCUUAUCCAUUUAUUCUCGUGUAAAAUGGCUUGUCUCUAGUCGGAACUGGCCCGAAAUCGAAGAGCAGUUAAAACAUGCCGAGCAGGGAACCCGGCUCAGUCUCGAGUUGAAUGCUGAAUCAGUAUCUGCUGCUGUCAGAUGGUAUAUCCGAGAGAAGGUGAAAUAUCUUGGGGGGGAAAAAAAAUACACAACGGAGACAAAGGACACUAUCGAACGUUAUUUCCUAGAACAUGCAAAUGGAACUUUUCUUUGGGUGGCUUUAGUUUGUCAAAAUCUUGAAAAGGCUCGAUUAUUCACGAAUUCAAAGCUACAAGAUUACCCUUCCGAACUUGAUCCUUUAUAUAAUCGUAUGAUGGAACAGAUAGUAUAUAUGGAAGAUAUCGAGGCAGCUCAGCUAUGCCGUCAGAUCCUGGCUAUUGUAGUAAUAGCAUAUCGGCCUGUUACGCUUGACGAAUUAGUGUCCCUAAUCGGGUUGAAUAAUGAGAUUCCGCUAGAAGAGAUGAUACAACUUUGUGGUUCCUUUCUGGUUGUUCGUAAUAGGAAUGUAUUCUUUGUUCACCAAUCAGCAAAGGAUUUCCUUUCUAAAGAGGCUGUUAAAACAAUAUUUCCUGAUGGAAUUGGGAAAGUUCAUAAUAAAGCGCUCCUAAAUUCGAUAACAGUUAUGAGCAAUACUUUAAAACGCGAUAUAUACAGUUUGGGUUAUCCCGGCUUUCCUAUUGAUAAAGUCAAACAGCUCGAUCCCGAUGUAUUAGCUUCUAUACGGUAUUCCUGUAUUUACUGGAUUAACCAUUUAAGAGAUGGGGAUCCUGAACAAAACAGAGAAUAUAUUCAAGAUAACGGUAAUAUUUAUAAAUUCCUCAAAAAGCAUUUGCUGCAUUGGUUAGAGGUUAUGAGCUUGAUGGGGAAAACUUCAGAGAGCAUCAACGCAAUAAGUUCUUUAGAGUCUUAUAUUCCAGUGUGUCAAUACUAUUUGGUAGUUCUUUUAGGAAUUCAGCUAAUAGAUAAUAAAGGAUAACAAAGGUUCUGGACUCUAUACUCUCAUAUAUGACGCUAAACGUUUUGUCCUUUAUAAUCGAAUAGGAAUUGAACAAGCUCCUCUUCAAAUUUAUUGCUCAGCUCUUUUUUUUGCUCCAGAGAAUAGUAUUAUUCGAAAAACAUUUCAAGAAUAUUUUCCGAGUUGGAUUUAUAAAAUAUCAAGGACACGAUCAAAUUGGAGUACCGCCCUCCAAACGCUCGAGGGUCAUUCGCGUUCGGUUACUUCAGUUGCCUUCUCACCAGAUGGUACAAAGGUAGCUUCAGGCUCUGAUGAUCGUACAAUCCGGCUUUGGGAUACAGGGACAGGCGAAUCGCUUCAAACGCUCGAGGGUCAUUCGGAUCCGGUUACUUCAGUUGCCUUCUCACCAGAUGGUACAAAGGUAGCUUCAGGCUCUCAUGAUCGUACAAUCCGGCUUUGGGAUACAGCGACAGGCGAAUCGCUUCAAACGCUCGAGGGUCAUUCGGGUUGGGUUACUUCACUUGCCUUCUCACCAGAUGGUACAAAGGUAGCUUCAGGCUCUCAUGAUCGUACAAUCCGGCUUUGGGAUACAGCGACAGGCGAAUCGCUUCAAACGCUCGAGGGUCAUUCGCGUUCGGUUACUUCACUUGCCUUCUCACCAGAUGGUACAAAGGUAGCUUCAGGCUCUGAUGAUCGUACAAUCCGGCUUUGGGAUACAGCGACAGGCGAAUCGCUUCAAACGCUCGAGGGUCAUUCGGAUCCGGUUACUUCAGUUGCCUUCUCACCAGAUGGUACAAAGGUAGCUUCAGGCUCUGGUGAUGGUACAAUCCGGCUUUGGGAUACAGCGACAGGCGAAUCGCUUCAAACGCUCGAGGGUCAUUCGGGUUGGGUUACUUCACUUGCCUUCUCACCAGAUGGUACAAAGGUAGCUUCAGGCUCUGGUGAUGGUACAAUCCGGCUUUGGGAUAUAGCGACAGGCGAAUCGCUUCAAACGCUCGAGGGUCAUUCGCGUUGGGUUACUUCACUUGCCUUCUCACCAGAUGGUACAAAGGUAGCUUCAGGCUCUGGUGAUGGUACAAUCCGGCUUUGGGAUACAGCGACAGGCGAAUCGCUUCAAACGCUCGAGGGUCAUUCGCGUUCGGUUACUUCACUUGCCUUCUCACCAGAUGGUACAAAGGUAGCUUCAGGCUCUGGUGAUGGUACAAUCCGGCUUUGGGAUACAGGGACAGGCGAAUCGCUUCAAACGCUCGAGGGUCAUUCGGAUCCGGUUACUUCAGUUGCCUUCUCACCAGAUGGUACAAAGGUAGCUUCAGGCUCUCAUGAUCGUACAAUCCGGCUUUGGGAUACAGCGACAGGCGAAUCGCUUCAAACGCUCGAGGAUCAUUCGGGUUGGGUUACUUCACUUGCCUUCUCACCAGAUGGUACAAAGGUAGCUUCAGGCUCUGGUGAUGGUACAAUCUGGCUUUGGGAUACAACCACGGGCAAACGGACGAUCCGGCUCUGGAAUACGACCACGGGCAAAUCGCUUCAAACGCUCGAGGGUCAUUCGUAUUUCGACGCAUCCUCAAUCUUUCAACAAUACUCUAUAUCAAAUCAUUGGAUAACUGAAAGAUCAGAUAGAGAAGUGCGAAAUAUUCUUUGGCUACCUUCAGACUAUCGGCCCUUUCGUAUUAUGCUUUAUAAAGGAAUUGUAGCUAUGGGAUUUUCCAAUGGUAGCAUUUUCUUUUUGAAAUUUGAAAAUGGAAACAAAUUUUAUAUUAUCUAAGUAAAAACCAGUUUCAGUAUAUCUACUAAUUACUACAUUAUUUGUGUCUUUAAUAUAAUAUCCUUUUAUUUUUUUCUCUCUUCAAUAGAGAGGCUGGGGGAAGUCUAUGAUUAUAUAAACUUUCUAUUUGCCACCUUGAUUCCAGUAUGUUCUUGUGUAGUGAUGUGGUAGUUU